AUGCGUCCUCGAAAACUUUUAUCGUGCGUCGCGCUACUAGUCUCCGGCGACGCAGUAAUCUCCCCAGUUAAAACCGGCGUCCGCGCCGCUGUUACUUCCCGAGCUGCGCUACUUAUUUCCCUCGUCGUCGUAAUUCACCUCUCUACCUCCUCCGCGCAGCCCGCGCCUAUCCUCCCCGCUCAAGUUUCCGCCCAAGCCAAGCCCUCCGCAUCCCUGCUUCCGCCAGCGCUCUCCCAAGCGUGUCCGCACACGGGGCUUGCGCCGUCCGCAACCGCCAUUGCGUCAACCCGAUGCCCCGCGGCAUCCGCGCAAUCGUGCUGCGGAGCUUGCGCGGAUCUCAACGCCGCGCUCGGCCUUGCCAGUGCGAGUUUGGGCGACCUGGUGUCGCUCGUCAGUCCCGAGGCUCUGAGUUUCGUGCAGCCCAGCGCCAAGGCGUGCGACGCGUUCAUCGGCCAAACGACGUGCCUGCAGCUGCUGGAGGACCUUACCUGCGCGCUCACGUGCAACCCAGAUGCGGGCGCGUAUGUGAGUGCCACGGCAGCAGGCACGGUGAUCAGCGUGUGUGAGGCGCUUGCUCAGGCGGUGAUGGAAGACUGCCAAGGCAUUGACCUGGGAGAGGUAUCCCUGAGUAGGGUGGCGCCAGACCCAUCCUCUUUCAUGAGCAUAGUGGCAGCGAGCGUGACAUCACUCAUGGGCGCGGCUGACGUCACCAUCACUGUAGAUAACACUGGAUCUUGUUUCAACGGCACAGGUCUUUACCCUCGCUACACUGCCUGCUGCGACCCGCUCACCAUCCCCCCCACAUGCCCUCCCAACUCUAUCAACUCCUCUUACUCCUCCUCCCUCUCCUCUCGCUCCACCACCUCCUCCUCCUCCUUCUCUCUCCCCUCUCUCACCCGAGUCACCGACCCAGACGCGUGCAUGCUCGGCACUCUCCCCCCAACCUCCCAACCUCCCGAACCUGCCCCGUCCUCCGAGCCUUCCCCGGGCCUCUCGCCCGAGCCUGCGCCGCCCCCUCCCGGACCUGUCGUCUACCCUGCAUGUCCGUUCACUAAAGAACCCCCGACAAUCCCUAAGAGGGUCCCAACUCGUUGCCCUGCUGCUGCAAAUAAGACGUGCUGUGCCGACUGCAGCGACUUAGGUUCGGCGAUGAGGCUCGUGGGGACGAACCUAGAGGAUGUUGUGGUGCUGAUUGAUCCGAGCCUGGUUGGAUUCGUGGAUUCGGGCUUUAAGAUGUGUGACAUGUUCACAGGAGGUCAGAUGUGCGAGCAAGCCAUAGAGGAUCUGCUGUGCGCCAUCACAUGUAACCCAGUCGGAGCUGUCCCCCUCAGCACUCUCAUCACCAGCUCCGAGUCGUUCCUCACUGCAUUCUUGUCAACGCUCACCAUGUACCCGCUAUCACCACUUACCAUUUUCCCCCCACCCAACCCCUUAACACCCUCCUUGGCAGUCGGAGCUGUCCCCCUCAGCACUCUCAUCACCAGCUCCGAGUCUUUCCUUAAUGCCAUCGCUGCCAGUGUAAUGAAGGCCAUCGGCUACAGUAACUUCAACAUCGUUGUAGAGAAGGUACAGUGCUGCAUUGACAUCUAA